CUACAGACAGGGCCACCGAGAGCGAGCUGCCUCAGAGUGACGGGAAGCCCGAACGCGCUCCGUCUGCUGCUUCCCUGUGACGGCCUUGGCGGACGACAGACACCCAUCAGCGACAGAUCACUCUUACUCACACUGACGGCCCAAGGACUGCGACCCAAAACCACCCAUCUCUCCCCACUCACACUCUCUUCAUCCUCUUUUGACACAAAUAACACCAUUUCGGUCGUUUGAAGUGCACACGGCGCGACAUCCCUCUUAUCUGUAAGGGCCUCUGUUCUUUGUUCAUCUAGUCUAGUCAGGAGCGCGACAGUCCGCGUAAAGACAAUCACGACUCUUUUGGUUCAGGACGCUGGGCCAGACACAUCAUGUCGUCGUCAUCUCGCAUGCAACUGUACAAGCUAGUGGUCCUCGGCGAGCCAUCUAUUGGAAAAACAGCGUUGACGCUGCAAAUGUGCCUCAACCACUUUGUUGAGACCUACGACCCAACCAUCGAAGACUCCUACAGAAAACAAGUUUUGGUGGAUGAGAAGCAGUGUAUUUUGGAGAUCCUUGAUACUGCCGGCCAAGAGGAGUACGCAUUCAUCCGGGAUCAGUGGAUUCGGGAUGGCGAAGGCUUUAUGCUUGUCUAUUCUGUCUGUUCCAAGGCUUCAUUUGACAGAAUCCUACCCCUCGUCGAUAUGAUGAGCCGUAUCAAGGAGCAAGCGCCCAUGCCGCUUGUCCUCAUUGGCAACAAGUCUGACAGAGAUGCAGACCGUGAAGUCUCCGUGGCAGAUGGCAAACGACUCGCAAACGGCUUGCGCUGCCCAUUCCUUGAGACGAGUGCCAAAAAAUGCAUCAAUGUCGAAGAGGCCUUUUUCGAACUCGCGAGACAGAUCCAGUACUCUCGCGGGGAAGUCACGACACGCAGUCGUAUUCACGGACCACCUGAGCCUUCUGUCACUGUGUAUGCGAAACAGGGCUCCAAGCAAGGAUCUGCGUCUGCAUCAAGUGAGCAGACAGAUACGCGUCAAAACAGCCAGGUCUCGAAUGGGCGAACGCGCGCAUCCAUCGCCACCGGCGUGAGUAGUAAAAGUGGGUUCUCAUCCUUCCAAAGCAAAGGAGAUUCGACUUCAUCUGAUGGCAAGCAAAAGAAGAGCAAAAAAGAUUGUAUCGUCAUGUAAACGGGGGAGAUGAUACAACGAGAGGGGGGCCGCUUUUGCGAUGUGCAGCAUGUAAAUUUCCAAUGUCAAUUUAACCUUUGAACUUCUAUUCAUCAAAGGAAUGAAGGCCAUAUCAUUUGUGUAUGUAAGUGUAGUAGAUUUCGAUCUCUGCCCAGACA